CCAUAUAUACUAAGGAUAUAAAAAUGGAUUCUUCUGAGCAAACUUGUGAAGAAUGGAGUUCUCUAAGUGGAUUUUACACAGCUGAGGAAGCUGAUUUUAUGGACCACUUACUUGAUAACUUCCAAGUCCCUCAAUACCAUUAUGGAAAUUUCAAUUUGGAAAUUCCAUCUACAUUAUGGCCUGGACAUCAAUCUACAAUAAUGAUGAAUAAUAAUACUUCACAUUUUCCUCAAAAUGCUGAUAAUAGUAACACUGAUUUUUUGAGUUUUUUACAAGCAACCAACUCUAUUGCUGAUACUACCAACAUUGGUCAAGAGGUUAUUGGUGACAAGAACUUUCAAGCUCACAAGGUUUUUGAACAAGUGUUGCUUUCUGAAUCAGUUGAAGAGGGUGUUAACAACAACCUGGAAAAUUCAGGAAAAAGAUCUAGGAGCUUAAUGAAGGUACAAAAGAACAAUGGAAAUGUUAAAUCUAGAAAGAAACUAAAAUCUUCUUUCAUAAGCAACACUGAAGAGGAUGUAAGUCCUGAUCUUAAGGAGCAGAACUUGAGCUCAGAGGAUGAUGAGUUCAAUGCUUCACAGGAGCUAAAAGCAGGAGGGUCUUCAAUCUCGAAGAACAAUUCGAAAGCUCAGAAGUCAAAGGGAAAAUCAAAAUCUAAUAGAGGUUCUUCUGCCAUUGAUCCACAGGGCGUCUAUGCAAAAAGAAGAAGAGAGAGAAUAAAUGAAAGAUUGAGAAUCCUACAAAGCCUAGUCCCUAAUGGAACUAAGGUGGAUAUAAGCACCAUGCUUGAGGAAGCUGUGCAAUAUGUGAAGUUUUUACAGCUCCAAAUUAAGCUUCUAAGCUCUGAUGAUCUCUGGAUGUAUUCUCCCAUUGCGUACAAUGGAAUGAACAUUGGCCUAUAAACCUCAACAUUGCAACAACCAGAGAUAUAUUGCACACAAUAAAAUAGGAUGCACCAGUUUAAGAGCUGAAGUUGCAUGCUAUUUUGGCAUUUUGUGAUGCUUCUGUUCUUUCAUAGGUAUUCAUUUAUUAAUCCUAAGGAAAUAACUGUGUUUAUUUUU